UGCAGGCUUAUACCUGCUGUAUACGCAUGAUUACACCCAUCCAUAGUCCACUCCGACAAACAUGUCGGCUGUGAAGACGAGUCUUCUCGUCUGGAUUACAGUUUGGUGUCUUGUGAGCUGCGUUUACGGUCGACACGAACCACAUUCGGGAUUCAGAUUAUCUGGUGAAUGUGACUCGGUAACCUACGAGCUAUGCCAAGAAGUGCUGUCCAACGGCACGGAUAUGUGGGGCAUGCUGGAUAACUUCAGUAAUGACACGACUGAUGGGAACCAGACCUUUGAAGACAUGAUGGGAGUAAUAGAAAGCGGUUGCCAUGACAACGUGUCCCUCAUCAUUUGUGCCGCCUGCCUGGACCGCCCGCCCUGCCAGAGCCUCUGUGAUGACGUCAUGGCCCAGUGUGACGACAUCCUAGAGAUAUUUAACAUCACCAGAGAGUGCGAUACUCUACCUGAUGAGUUCGAAUUCAUCGGCGGCUGCAUCUCACGUGGAGUGUGUCCAGAAGGAGAGGUAGAGUGCUGGAGCCCUUUGUGGAACGGGACGGAGGUGCAGUGUGUGAACGCCAGCCUAGCAUGUGAUGGAGACUGGGACUGUCCUUUCGGUGAAGACGAGGAUCAUUGUGAUGGUCGGUGUACCGCCUGGCAGUUCCAGUGUGACCUGGACUUUCGGGGCAUGAUGAACAGUGCCGGAUCCGGAAACAGUUCGACCCCGGAGUGCGUUGACCCCUGGCAAGUCUGUGACGGUUUCCACGACUGUUCCUCGGGAGAGGACGAGAUGGAUUGUGGUGAACGCUGUUCCCCCGGAGAGAUAGAAUGUUGGAGCCCCGGCGGAAACGUGUCCUGUCUGUUCAACGAGUUCGUCUGUGACGGCAUCAAGGAUUGCUUCAUGGGGGAGGACGAAGCUAACUGUACAAACGGAAACUGCACUGAAGGAGAGAUCGAAUGUUGGAGCUGGGACGGAAACUCGACCUGCGUGAACGCCAGUCAGGCAUGUGACGGCAACUGGGACUGUCCCUUCGGCGAAGACGAAGAUUUUUGCGGCACCCAGGUUUCUCCUACCGUUGAAAUGGAAACAGCCACAUAUACUUCGGCUGUCUCUCCGGAACGAUCGUCUGUCACUCCGGAACAAACGUCCUCUACUCCUGAGCAAACGUCGUCUUCUUCAGAGCAAACGUCUGCCACCCCGGAACAAUCAUCUGCUACUCCGGAGCAAUCAUCCACUACUCCGUACCAAACGUCUGCUACCCCGGAACAAUCAUAUGCUACUCCGGAGCAAUUAUCUACUACUCCGUACCAAACGACUGCUACUCCGGAGGAAACGACGGGUACUCCCGGACCUUCGGGACAACCACCUGGUGGUCCAAAACCUUCGGGACAACCCCCUGUUAGUCCAAGACCUUCGGGACGCCCGCCGUUAGGAAAUCGCUGCGGUCCGGGUGAGCUGCCCUGUCGAACCGUGGGGAUGAACGUGACAUGUGUUAACGCUAGUCUGGCAUGUGACGGGUUUUGGGACUGUCCUCUUGGAGACGAUGAAAAACGAUGUGGAAGACGCUGUGGCCCAGGUGAGAUCGCCUGCCGGGAUUGGUCGUGGAAUUUGACCUGUGUCAACGCCAGUCUCGCUUGUGACGGGAACUGGGACUGCCCUUUUAGAGAAGAUGAAGAAGGGUGUGGAGAUCGCUGUACCCUGGAUGAGAUCGCAUGCUGGGAUUGGUCGGGAAAUAUGACCUGUGUCAACAACAGUCUCGCUUGCGACGGGAAUUGGGACUGUCCUUUUGGAGAGGAUGAAGAACGAUGCGGAGAUCGCUGUAGCCCUGGUGAUAUCGCAUGCCGGGAUUGGUUUGGAAAUGUGACAUGUAUCAGCAACAGUCUUGCUUGUGACGGAAAUUGGGACUGUUCUUUCGGUGAAGACGAGAUGAACUGUCACGGUGGCAAUGCAGGUUGUGAAGAUUGGGAGUUUCGUUGUGGCCGAAAUGUUCCGUCAAUGAUGAGAAACCGCAGUAGGAGUGACAUGAGAAACAUCUCUGAAAGUGUGUGCGUGCACAGCAUGUACGUCUGCGACGGACAUUGGGAUUGUCCUAUGGGGGACGACGAAGCGCGUUGCGGUUGCGAGGUAUGGGAGUUCAGAUGUGGAAGAAACAUGUCUUCUUCCAUGAGAAACCAGACUGGUGGUGGGAUUAGGAACAGCUCUGCCCCAGUGUGUGUACAGUACAUGCACGUCUGCGAUGGGCACAGGGACUGCCCUAUGGGAGAGGACGAGGAAUAUUGUGGUCCGCUAUGUGGAGAGUUUGAAGUAAGGUGUCGUGGUCGUGGGAUGAACUCAGCAUGUGUGAACGCUAGUCUGGUCUGUGACGGCAUCAAGGACUGUCCCCUAGGAGACGACGAGGAAUUCUGUGGACGCAGUCGUUGCUUACGAAUGAGGGAAACCGCCAUGAGAAACAUGUCUAUGGGGAUGUUCGGCAUCUUUGUACCUGCGUGUGACGAGUUCGGAGAGUUUGAGUCGACGCAGUGUGACGGCAACACAGGGGAGUGCUGGUGCGUGAACGGGGCCGGUAGGGAGAUACCUGGCACUAGGACCUGGCCCGGGGAGCCACCGCGGAACUGUUCCAUAGGAUGUGAGCCUUUGGAAUAUGGCACCUGCUCUGCCAUGGGUUACCAGACCAGAUUCCCCAACCCCUAUCUUGACUAUGAAAGCCAGGGCGAGGCUUAUGAGGAGUUCCAGAAGUACCUGCAGCUCUCUUCCUGUCACCCAUACCUGACGGACUACCUGUGCGAGUUCUUCUUCCCAAGAUGCACACCUAAAGGAGCAAGACCUAUCUGUCGCUCCUACUGCUAUGAGAUGUCGGAGGCGUGCUGGAACGACGCGGUGGCAGUCGGGAUCCAGUGGGACACACGGGGCUGUGAUAUGCUGGAACUACCCGAGGAAAACUGCAUCAGGUCUCCUUUUGCUAACGUGAAGCAGUGUAACCCAAGGCAGACGACCUGUCAGAGAAACUGGAACGAGACCCACGCGGUGUCGGCCCCGGUGUGCCUGGAGCCCGCCCAGAUGUGUGACGGCAGGCGAGACUGUCCGCUUGGGGAGGACGAGCAGUUUUGCUAUUGUGAACCCCAAGACCUGGAUUCUUCCUUGGCGCGUCCAGAGAACGCAGAGAUUCUCGAGUCGUCCCUGGAGCCUACCUGUGACGGUUGCCAGCCCAUCACCCUGCCCCUGUGCUUGGACAUGCCGUGGAAGGCGACCCGGUUUCCCAACAUGCUGGGCCAUCCGGGUCAGCUGACCAUCCAGGCAGACAGGGAUACCGGGAUGUUGUUGAGCGUGCUAGCCAAUAGUAACUGCCAUGAACACAUCCACUUUGCCGUUUGUGCGGCUGUGACGCCGAAAUGCGAGGCCGAUGGCAGACUGGCUCCGUGUAGGAAGUUCUGCAAAGAGAUUCAGGCUAGUUGCGAGCACAUCCUGACCAGUCUGGACGCUCUUUGGCCGUUCGACUGUGAUGGAAUGCCCCUGCCCGAGGAGGAUGUCCCCUGCAUCACUCCGGAUAAGCUCGUCGAUGUCGACGAGUGUGCAACUGAGCAGUACAUGUGUGACCAAAACGCCCGCUGCAGAAACCUGUUCGGCUCCUACACAUGUGACUGUAAACAUGGUUACCGGAGCACUGCUGUCAACGGGACUGGGUUUCCUGGCGAGUGUGAAGAUAUUGAUGAGUGCAAUGCUACGGAGCCUGCAUGCGGACCCCACACGGAGUGUCAUAACGCCCCUGGAGGCUUCAGAUGCAGGUGUGACAAAGGAUAUGAGAAAAUAAGCGCCACACACUGUACAGAUAUUGAUGAGUGUAGCAGUGGUCUGAGCGGCUGUUCCGACCUCUGCAACAACACAGUCGGCUCCUUCUUCUGUCGGUGUCCGCGCUUCUUUGAGCUGGAUCCGCGUAAUAACAGAACCUGCAAAGCUGCCUUGUCCUGUUCAUCCUCCAACCCCUGUUCACCUAACGACGUGGCGACAUGUGCAGUGACCGAUGACGGGUAUCUGUGCGGCUGUGAAGCAGGCUACAGACUGGCACCUGGAAGCGAGACACUAUGCAUCAAUAUCAAUGAGUGCAGGACAGGUAACAACAACUGCGACCGGCAGCUGGCUAUGUGUAUGGACACGCGGGGCAGUUUUACAUGUUCCUGCAAACCUGGAUACACAGGAGCAGGGACGGUUGGAGAGUGUGAAGAUGUCGACGAGUGUGCCACUGGCGAGUACACGUGUGACGACAACGCUGACUGUGUGAACGAGGUCGGCUCCUACACCUGCCAGUGCCGUACUGGGUACAUGAGUGUCUCACGUAGGGGAACAGGUUUCCCUGGGGAGUGCAAAGAGCAGCGCCUUUUCCCGUACGGUGCCGGCUCGGGGCACCGUCGGCUCGCUGUUCGGGCUGGAAGAGACGCCGUCUCCCCGCUCAUCCCCGUACCGAACGGACUCCCCAUCAGGGGCGGACAACUCGCCAACUCUCUAUACGUUUUAGAAGACGGAGUUAUCGUGGCCACCAGCCUAACCUCCCGCCGUGACGGGGCAGCUAAGAAGAUUUACCGCCACCCGACCACCGCACAGGAAGCGUUUGACGGACCUCUGCUGGCCGUGUUCGCACCGUUCUGGGCAGACAGCAUCACGGGGCAAGGGUACCCUUCUAAGGUUUGGUACUUCCCCUACACCCCUGGCACCCCUAACUAUGACGAGGUUUUCAGCGUGGCGUCAGAAAAUGUACAGAACCAUUUCGGAGUGGAGAACUUCGACCCAACGUUUGUUCUCAUAGUCACCUGGGAAAACAUGGCUAUGGCAGGAGACGUGGCUAGGGAGAAUAUGCAGACAAACACGUUCCAAGCUGCCCUGGUGACCGACAAUGUCCACACGUACCUGGGUACGUACUACGCAGACGGCGGGAUGCGGUGGGACCCUCAGAUCACCCCUAGCAACCUUGUGGGUGGGAAAUGGCCAGCCUUCGUGGGGAUGGUCGUCAAACAUCCGUGGGAAGGGGUGCAGAUUUUAGAGGAAGACAAUUCUAGAAUGAAGACAAGGUUUGCUAACGGCACCAAAGACUGCUCGGGGCCUAACGUGUACUGUAUGGGUGAGAAGACAUCUCCCACAACCAACCGGACAGGCAUCAGUGUGGUGCAGGUGGACGACAACCCGACGGACUGGGUCAACCCCAGACUCUGGUGUGCAGACUGGUACAAGAGAGAGCCGGAGCCGUUCCUCUACUCAAGCCCGCUGUCGUGCCCGCUCACUACUAUUCACGCAGGCCUGGACCUCAGAUGGCGGGAGGUCACAAACUUCGGGGACCCGAGAAGAACCUGCUACGAGCAAAGAGACAACUCUGGAUUCGCUGAUGGUGGGAACAACUUGUGCUGUUAUCGCCGGUCUGGUGCGUUCCUUUGGCAGAACCGGGCCCUGUCCGGAAACUUACACAGAUAUGCACGGGACACGCAGGAAUUCCAGGACCAGGACAUUCUCCCCUGGACCUACUGUUGUCAGGAUACCGGCAGCUCUUACUGCAGUCUGUACUUUGACAAGCGGCCCAUGCAGACCAACGUUGGUUAUGAACCACCACGACAGAGUGCAGGAGCAGGUGAUCCUCACCUCACCACGCUGGACGGCCUGUCUUACUCCUUCAACGGUUUCGGCGAGUACCUCAUGGCCAACACUACCAACAGCGCCCCACGCGGAUUUCUCAUGCAAGGCAGGACUGCAAUGGCGGAUGUGGAAGAGGGGAAAACACCACAGGCUACAGUAUUUAAUGGCAUUGCUGUCCAGCAGGGCAGCGCAAGUGUACAGCUGUACCUGGAUAGCACAGGCUCCAGUCUGGACGUAUAUGUGGAUAGCACACAGGUAGCGCUGUCCGACAUCGCCAGCGGCAGCAGCAGCCAGUUCAGCGAUGGGGAAUUCCAGCUGAUCACAGAUUCCUCCAGCGGUACUGUGACCGGUGUCAAGGUGAUUUUCACAUCCGGGAUAUCCGUGCAGGUGGACGCCGGCCUAAGUAUGCUCACCUACGCAGUCUCCAUGACCCCUGACAUGAAGGGGCACGUGCGGGGCAUGCUGGGUAAUUUCAACGACGACAAGAAUGACGAAUUCUAUUGGCCGAACGGAACUGCGGUUGCCAUUAGCAACGUGACUAAUCCAGCUGAGGCUGAAACAUUUCCAUGGGGACAGGCUUGGGCUUUGCCAAACUACGCUGCUGAUGAACUGAGCGCAGACCCGUCCACGAUCUCGCUCUUCAGUGUUUAUCCCGGCGGCAAAAACGCCGCAACCUACGGCAACCUGACCUUCCAACCGCUGUUCUUUGAUCUGGACACCAUGUUUGCAACAGAGGCGGACAAGUUGAGGGCUAUUGAGGUUUGCGGUAGCGCCACUGCGAAGGAAUGUUUGUUUGACAUCGCGCUGACGGGGAACGAGGCAGUCGGAGCUGCCGCGGCUGCAGCGCUGGAGGCGGUCGCUAGUAGCAACGCUGCUCUGGACAAUACGCCGCCCGUGUUUAACGUGACGUCCGAGGUUCGCGCGACGGUUGGGCAGGAGUUUGGUCUGCAGCUGGAGGCCACUGAUGACGGGACGGUCACCAUCUCACUACAGGACGGGACGCCGGGAAGUAUCAACGCUACAAACUACUACACAUGGACCCCUACUGACACCACCAAUGUCACCCUGGAGUUCCUGGCUACUGAUGAUGCCGGUGCUGCAACCCUCGCGUCUCCUGACGUCACAGUCUGCUCCUGCCAGAACAACGGCACUUGUAACUGGGAAGCGACCCUUGCUGAGCGGAGUAACGGGUUUGCCCUGGCCUCCUGCGACUGUUUGCUGGGGUUCGAGGGGGACGAGUGUGAGACUGACACCGACGGCUGCUCGGUCACUCCCUGCUAUCCUGGCGUGAGCUGCACAGACGCUACGGCCCCCUUAGACGCCGACUCGGCCGGGUAUACGUGCGGAGACUGUCCCACGGGCAUGGUGGGGGACGGUCAGUCUUGUGCAGAUCUGAACGAGUGUCUCCUCCUGCCUAACGAGACCGACGUGCACCAGUGUAAGAACGCUACGUGUAACAACGAGGCUCCCGGCUACAGCUGUGAGUGUCUGGCAGGGUAUACCAUGCUGGUUGACAACAGAACAUGUAUAGAUGUUGAUGAGUGCAGUACAGGUUCACAUGACUGUGCUGCCCAGGCCACCUGCACCAACACCGAGGGUUCCUUCAACUGUACCUGUAACACGGGGUAUACAGGUGAUGGGAACACCUGCACAGCUCCUCGUGCAUUUUGA